CAAGUCAUUUACAGGUUAUAAGUCGUCUUUUUGUGCUGCAUUUUGUAAGCUCAGGAAAAAAGUGAUAUUACUGUUAAUUAAUAAUAAAUAAAUAAUCAUAAUGACUUCUUGUCUCGAGAAUAUCCAAGUUUCAUCUUGUGUUUGGUUUGAAAAUGAAGAAAAAAGAAAUGCUUUGAUGUCGAUGCUUGCUGGCACUUUGUUUUUUACUGGUUGGUGGUUCAUCAUUGAUGCCCAUGCUAAAUAUCCAGAUGAAAUGAGCAAUUCUUACCAUGUUUGUGGCGUUUUUGGGACCAUAUCUCUCAUCAUGGUAAAUUCAGUAACCAAUGCUCAAAUUCGUGGAGAUGGUUUCAAUGGUGGUUGUUUAGGUGCUCGUGGAGCUAGAGGUUGGCUCUUCCUAGGCUUUGUAAUGGGAUUUGCAGCAAUGAUUGCUGCUUGUUGGAUUUUGUUCGCAGAUUUUGUUGCUAAAGAAGCUCAACACUCUUGGCCAGGUGUUGGUUUGUUGUUACAAAAUUUAUUUAUCUUCCUUGGAUCUCUUACUUAUAAAUUUGGGAGGUCUGAAGAGCAGUGAACUUAAGGACCAGUCUUUUUCUUUUUUUUAAUAAUAAAAACAUCAUUUAAACUACAUAAAGAGAAAAUAUUGUGAAACUUGUAAGAAUGAGACGAUUGUUUGAAUUAUAUUUUUAUCUUUUUACUCAAUGCUUACUGAAUGAAUGAUAAUUAAAUGAUAAACUUCUAAAUAAAUCUAGUGAUAAUUCUGUAAAUUAGUGCUGAGCAAACUUGGACUUUUUGGAAAAAAUGGAAAAAACUUGGGUUAUUUAUCGUGCAGGCUUGAUUUGAUGUUACUCAGUCAGCAGUCAUGAAAUGGGGAUUUGUCAGCAUGGCUAAAAAUCUCAGGAAAUAAUUUUAUGGAUGUUAACAACCAUUAGUAGUGACUAAAAUAAUGCUUCAAUUUCGGGAAAAAGUUGAAUUAAUUUUUUGAGAAGAAUAAAACUAUUGUUAAAUAUAGUUUUUGGUAAUUAUCCCGGAAACUAUGAAAAAUACGGAAAAAAGUUUCAAACAAAAAUUAAAGAUAUUUUAAUUUUACACAAAAAAGUUCCUUUAACUUUAUCUUCUAUCUCUUAUAGUUUAGCUGCAAAAUGAUGAUAAAGAGAAAAAAUUGAUUUUUUAAAACUAGAUUUUAAGUAAUUUUCAAAUAAUUCUUUUCCUGAAGUUGGAGCACUGUUUCUACAAUCACUCAUGCUUUUUAGCAGCUUCUAGAAUGUUUCCUCAAAUUUUCUGUCAUGCUGAAAAGUCCUGAUUCCAUAACUUCAGUGAUUAAAUAAUAUGGAAACCUACCGUGGCUUACAAAAGCUGAGUUUGCUUACGACUUGAUAAAAAUAAACUGAAAAAGAUACAAAAAAAA